AUGUUCUUGCACGCAGGGAAGAAAGCGUCGAAGAAUUCGCAUUCGACUGCGUUCCAUAACAAGAAGAAUGCACUCUUUGCGGAGGCGAGAGAGACCGCGGCCGCUUUGGUGGAAGACGGGAAGGCCACCAUAGAGCAGAGGCGCACUCUGUUCGCCGAGCUCAAGGCACAGGAAUCUCUCCCGACCGCUCAGUUUCAAGCUCUCAAGCAGCAACACGAUGCUCAGGACAACAUCUUUGGCGAGGUCCUCGACCUGUAUCCUGCCUUCAACGAUCAGCUGUCCAAGAAACGUGCCGAAGAGAUUGACCAGACACUCGCUAUGCUUGAAUCGCAUCAGGUGGAACGCAAGAAGUCCCAUCGGCGCGCGAUGAAGGACGCCAUGAUAUGCAUGAACGAAGGCGUCGAAAACCAGAAGCUGGCCACGGACGCAUCUGCUUACAUCAAGAGCUUCAAAGCCCUCCUCUUGUCCUGA